AUACGUUUCUGGAAUAUCGUUGGUGCCACGUAGAUUUUGUGCUGAGAACUCAGGUGAAAAAAAGGAGUGUUAUUUCAGAAGUCUCAGAAAGUAAUACGCAAAAGUUAGGACAACAAUGACGAAAAUUAUAAUCAUAACUUGCAUCAUUGCAGUUGUUUGCUUAACAGAUGGAUUUGUAGUACGCCAAACAGGACUUUCAACAAGCAACCCUGAUGUGAGCAAUAAUAUUGAGGAUACUAGCCUCAAUGAACAAACUGAUUCGGCUGAAAGUAAAGAAUUUAUCGAUAAUCUGAAAGAAAUUGUAACAAAGCACCUUCAAGAUAUUUUUAAUUGUGGUUCAAAUUAUGAAUGCUUGACUAAUGUUAUAAAGAAGAUAAUUUGCGAAAUAAUGCAAACUACAAAUGCGAAUUAUCAUAAUAUCACUGGAAUGAUAUUCCAGAAUUUUACAAAAAUUUGGCAGUUAUUCACUCAGGUUAUGAAAACCUUCCCAGACAUAGGACAAUAUUUACAAAUUAUUCAGCCAUAACUUAUAUUAUAAAUUAUUUAUGCGUCAAUAUAACUCUAUUUUUACCUGCAUUACAAUAUACAUAAACAUAUAUGUAUAGUAUAAAUUUAACCUUGAAAAGUUAAUAUAAUCUCAUAUUGAAUUCGUUCGAUAAAGACGCAACUCUUGAUUUAUUAUCAUAUGUUCCAUACUAUUUCAUUAAGAUAUACACAUAAUUUAUCCAAAUUAUGCAGAUAUUUGUAAUUUUGGGUAAACCCCGGUGAGGCACCCCAAAUU